AUGGCCCAGCCUGCCAGUGUCCUCGGUGAUCGUGGAGACCCUCGUCUCCACGAGAAGGAGCGCGACUUCGUCGACUCUCUCGAAGCCCGUGAAAUUCGUGAGGCUCGUGAAGCUCAUCACGGGGGCAUUCGCCCUCAGCACCGUGCUCUUCACGAUACCUCCGUCACCUUCGAGGAGUACAACUACUACGCUCAGCUGUCCCGUGCUGAGGAGGACACCUACACCGACCACGAUAGGGAGCGUGGCUGGCUCUCCCUCCUCAUCCCAUCCAAGUCGGAUGGUGCUGAACUGAAGGAUGCCGCCAACAUUAACACCAGCGACAAGGCCGUCACUUCCACUAUCACUGACGACGAGUGGACCAAUGCCUCUCGUGCUCUUCGUACCGCGACCCGAGGUGCCAUUUUCUACCUGAUUACCACCGAUAUCUUGGGUCCUUUCGGUCUGCCUUACGCUUUUGGAACUAUGGGUUGGGGUCCUGGUAUUGCUUUGUAUACCGUUUUCGCCGGUCUCGCCAUCUAUUCUGGUUACCUGCUUUGGGAUAUGUUUUUGGGUCUCGACUCCUUCCACUACCCCAUUCGUCACUUCGGCGACCUUGGUUUCCGUCUCUUUGGUCCCUGGAUGCGCCACUUGAUCAACAUCUUGCAGAGUAUCCAGCUUAUCCUUAACGUUGGUCUGAUUGUUAUCUCAAACGGAGAGGCCUUGUCGCAGGUGGCCAAGUUCAAACUCUGCUUUAUUGUCUGCUGUUUGAUCUGGGCCAUUGUUGGUUUCCUCGUUGGCCAGAUUCGUACACUUCAGAAAUUUGGUUGGAUUGCCAAUCUUGCUGUCUGGCUCAACUUGAUUUGUAUGUUCAUUACUAUGGGUGGUGCUGCCCACUUCCCCCCCAACUACGCUAGUGUUGGCUCAGCUUCUGGUGCUGUCAUCAAUGGUGGUCUCUCUGUCACUCAACUCCCCGAUGGUUCCUUCCCACCAGUUCAAACCUCUGGAGGUCUCCCCCACUCCGACAACUUUGCCGGCACCAUCAGCGGUGCCAUGCAAGCUGUCUUUGCUUACGGUGGUGCUAUGGUCUUCCCCGAGUUCAUGGCUGAAAUGAAGCGUCCCAAAGACUUCCUGUUUGGCAUGUGGGCUGCUCAGCUAUUCAUCUACUUCUGGUACAUGUUCUAUGGUCUCUUCAUGUAUGGAUACCAGGGACAGUACACCGUCAACCCCAGCUACUUGGGCAUCAGCUCAUACGGCAUCCAGACUGCUGGUAACGUUUUCGCCUUCUUAUCUGCCGUCAUUGCUGCAGCUCUGUACGGAAACAUUGGUGUCAAGGUCUUGUACAACAGUAUCUUUGUCGAGCUUUUCCGCUUCCCUCCUCUCACCACCAAGGGCGGCAAGAUUGCCUGGGUUGUCUUCAUCCCUAUCUACUGGUCUAUUGCCUUCAUCAUCGCCGCUGCCAUUCCUAACUUCUCUGGUCUGACAUCCGUUGUUGCCGCUUUCUGUAUCUUGCAUUUCACCUACACCUUCCCUCCUCUCUUCGCCGUUGCCUACUGGGCCAAGAAGUUUGCCCUCCAGGAGGGUGAAGGUUUCAAGCCGGAAAAUGGCGAGGUUGUCCGUAAUGACUCGGGUUUCCGUCGUUUCACCCGCGGUUUCUUCUUCCCCGGCUUCGCUACCAGCAAGUACUUCUACAUGAGCGUCUUCAACAUAUUCUAUCUUCUCGGUGCUCUUGCUCUUGCUGGUCUCGGUGCUUACUCUUCCAUCGUCACUUUGCAGGCUGCAUAUGCAAACAGCGUCACCACCUCUUUCACCUGCAAGAGUCCUGUCCAGUAA